AUGUCAGCCACCGAGCAGGUUCAACUCAACAAUUUCGGGAGCAUCUUCUCCCUCGACGGCAAGGUCGCUGUCGUCACAGGUGGAUCUCGGGGGCUGGGACUCCACGCCGCCUCGGGUCUUCUCCAAGCGGGAUGCGCAAAAGUCUACAUCACCUCCCGCAAGCAAAAAGCCUGCGACGAAGCCGUCGCAGCACUAAAUGCCCUCCCCAACAAACGCCCAGGGGCCAUCGCCAUCUCUGUCCCAGCCGACAGUGCCAAAAUGGACGAGCUAGACAGACUGGUCGCUGAAAUUGGCAAGACAACUGACCACGUUGAUCUACUAUUCGCCAAUGCAGGCGCAACAUGGGGCGAAAAGUUCGACACACAUCCCGAAUCUGCCUUCUCCAAGGUAAUGGAUCUGAACGUUAAGAGUAUUUUCUACACUAUUCAAAAACUUACUACUCUCCUCACGGCGAAAGCUACACUUGAGGAUCCAUCGAGGGUAAUCAUCACCGCGUCAGUUGCUGGAAUUGGAAUCGGUAACACGGGCGAAAAUGCAACUCCGAGUUACUCUGUCUCCAAAGCAGCUGCUAUUCAUCUUGCUAAGAAUUUGGCUAUUGAACUUGGACCUCGCCAUAUUAUGACUAAUGCUAUUGCGCCGGGAUUUUUCCCUUCGAAGAUGGCUACGGGUUUGAUUGAGUUGAAAGGUGGGCUUAAGGAGCUUGAGACACAGUCGCCUAAUGGUCGGUUGGGUAAGCCUGAGGAUGUUGCGGGCUUGGUGGUAUUUUUGUCGUCGAGGGCUGCGAGCCAUUUGAAUGGGGCUGUUAUUGCGACGGAUGGUGGCUCUGUUCUUAAGGCGGCGCGUCUUUGA